AUGUCCCCGCUCUCGUUGCGCGCGACGGAGCUGGAGGACCGGCCGCCGGAGUGGAUGGCGCUCAUCGCGCCGUCAUCCUCGGCGGGCCCUGCGCCGCCUCUCCCGUCGGCGUCCAGCAGCAAUGGCGGAGCAGGAGGCGGAUUAAAGCCCCGCCGCGUGCGAGUGCUGCCAGUGUCACACCCCUCGCACGCGGACAUCUACGACAGCGGUUCUCCCGGCGGGACCGGGGGUUUCAUUGGUUCCAACUGCUGGGCGGCAUUUUGGCGCGUAGUGCACUACCUCUUCCCGUGCACCAAGUGGAUGGCGGCUUAUAACCUGCGAGACGACCUCGUGGCGGACCUUAUAGCGGGGAUAAGCGUGGGCGUGAUGCUCGUUCCACAGUCAAUGUCAUACGCUAAACUCGCUGGCCUGCCCCCGAUAUACGGCCUAUACUCGGCGUUCGUGCCCAUUCUGAGCUACGUGGUGUUUGGCUCAUCCCGCCAGCUGGCAGUGGGCCCCGUGGCGAUCGUAUCCAUCCUCACGUUCGACGGGCUCCGGAAGGUUGUAGCGGAGAAGCUACGAGACUCGGCUGUAGCGGCAGGUUUGGCUGCAGCAGGGAGCGUGGCAGGGGGGAUAGAGCUCCCAGGCGCGACAGGUUUGGGUGGUUUCCAACCCUCUCGGUCUCUGCUGGAUUUCCGAAGCUCCGUUGGCAGUAGUGGUGGUGGUGGUGGUGGUGGUGGCAGUGGCAGCAGCAGCAGCAGUGCUCUGUUUCCGUUCUCUGUGAGCACGGCUGCCAGGCAGCUGAGUAGCAUGGGCUGGGGGAUCACAGCCGCGGAAUUGACAGGUGAGUGCUCUCUCAGGUGUACUGUGAGUAAACAAGCAGCAGGGGCAGAAGGGGCAGGAGGGGCAGGAGGGGCAGUAGGGGCGGGGGAUGUGAGCAUGGAAGAGUUGGCAGUGCUGCUGGCGCUGAUGGUGGGGCUGCUCGAAGUGCUCAUGGGCCUGCUCAGAAAAAUGCACCUUCCCUCCUUUUUUGUCCUUUUCUCCAUCCUCCAUCCCUCUCUCGCCCUCCAUGUCUCUCCUCCCGUCCUUUCCAGAAUGGGUUGGCUCGUGCGUUUUCUCUCUCACAGCGUCGUCUCGGGAUUCACCUCGGGAGCUGCUCUCCUGGUGUGCGUGUCUGUGGCCAAGGACAUUCUCGGAUUCUCCAUGCCAGGCCAGACGACGUUUGUGGCGGCGCUGUCGCACAUAAUCAAGCAGAUCAUGGCGGGGAGGGCUCACUGGGAGCCCAUGGCUCUGGGAGGGGGCGCGCUGCUGCUGCUGCUGCUGAUGAAGGAGGCGGGCAAGAGCUGGAAGUAUCUGCAGGCUCUGCGAUGCGCCGGGCCCUUCACCAGCAUUGUGCUUGGUGCCAUGGUGGUCAAGUUCUGGCGGCCCCUGCAUGUGCCUGUGGUGGGCGAGAUCCCUCAGGGUCUGCCCUCCCUCUCCACGGCCUUCCCCUGGGAGUAUUUCCCCAAGCUGCUGCCAACAGCACUCGUGAUUACAGGAGUGGCAAUCCUGGAGUCCUGUGGAAUAGCCAAGGCGCUGGCAGCGCGCAACGGCUACGCCAUCGAUGCCAGCCAGGAGCUCUUUGGGCUCGGCAUGGCCAACGUUCUCGGGUCAUUCUUCUCCUCCUUCCCCACCACUGGCUCGUUCUCUCGAUCAGCAGUGAACAACGAGGUGGGAGCGCGCACAGCACUGAGUGGGCUCAUCAUGGCGCUCAUGGUCGUCGCCACGCUGCUCUUCCUCACACCGGCUUUCAGAGAUGUACCGCAGUGUGUGCUGGCAGCGGUGGUGGUGAAUGCAGUGCACGGUUUGGUCGACCUACAGGAGCCGCUCUUCCUGUGGCGCGUGGAGAAGAAGGACCUCGUGCUCUGGCUCUGUGCUUUUCUGGGCACACUGCUGCUGGGACUGGAGACUGGCGUUCUCAUCUCGGUGGCGCUCUCCCUCGUUUUUGUCAUUCAUGAGUCUGCCAAUCCGCACAUGGCCGUCCUGGGUCGCCUCCCAGGCACCACGGUGUACCGCAACGUGAAGCAGUACCGCGAUGCAUACACGUACAGGGGGGUGGUCAUUCUGCGCAUCGACUCACCCAUCUAUUUUGCCAACGUGGACUAUAUCAAAGAGAGGCUGCGCAAGUAUGAGCUGCAGAGGGUGGCGUGGUGGAAGGACGGCAGCAGCGGCAGCAGCGGAGGAAGGCUGGCAGGCAGCAACGGGGGAGCCAACGGAAUGGCUGUCAUGGACCUGCGCUUUCUCAUACUCGAGAUGUCCCCCGUUACUUAUAUCGAUUCCACGGCCGUGCACGCCCUCAAGGAGCUCUAUAACGAGUACAAGGCACGGGACAUCCAGCUGUGCUUCUCCAACCCCUCGCCCAAAGUCAUGCUCACCAUGGCCCGAGCCGGUUUCCCUGAUCUGAUCGGCCGCCAGUGGUACUUUGUGCGGAUCCACGACGCUGUUCAGGUGUGCCUCGCACUGCUGGAAGAUACAGAGAUCACCAUCGAAACCCCUUCACGCUACCAGCGUGCCGAUUCCUCUGCAGUCAGAGCCACCACCUCUCAGGCACCCCAGGUGACUCAGCAGGUUUCUCCCACGCCAGGCCUCACCCUCUCCCCGCACCUGUCCGCCAGCUUCGUGAAUCUCGCCCAGGCUGCCCAACGAGCUAGCAGCUCAAACUCUGAAGGUGGGUUGAGUACGGUUGGGGAGGAUAUCCAGUCCAUGUCGGGUGAGUCAGAGGAGAGUAUGGGUGCGAGGCGGAGGAAGAAGCAGAGUGUGGCAACGGCUGCUGCGGAUGCAGCAGAUGCUGCUGAGGAUGCGGCCUUCUUUGAAGGGAGAAUGAGCAGUGGGACAACUUCCCUCCUUCCCGAUCCUUCCCUCUCAUCCCCUCACAUCCUCCUCUCCAUUUCCCCUGUCGAUCGCUCCCCAUCGCUCCUUAACCGGCGUGGAUCCGCCAGACAAUUGCACUCCUCCCCCAUCUCCCACCCCCAUCCCCUUCCCACCUCUGCACCCCCCUCCCCUACUCCCCCUUCCAUCACACGCCUUCCCCUCCCCCCUCUCCGCCGGGCCCCGCACACCUCCCUUCCCCCCCCUUCGCAGAUGAAGACGAGCAGCGUGGCCAUUGUGCUGUGCCUCAACAUCGGAAUGAAGACGAGCAGCGUGGCGAUCGUGCUGUGUCUCAACAUCGGAAUGAAGACGAGCAGCGUGGCCAUCAUGAAGACGAGCAGCGUGGCCAUCGUGCUGUGUCUCAACAUCGGAGUCGACCCGCCCGACGUCAUCAAGAUAUCGCCCUGCGCGCGAGUCGAGUGCUGGAUCGAUCCCUUUUCAAUGCAAGCACAGAAGGCGUUGGAUACCAUCGGGAAGAACCUUCAGGCGCAAUACGAGCGCUGGCAACCCAAGGCGCGCUACAAGGUGCAGCUGGACCCGACGGUGGAGGAGGUGAAGAAGCUGUGCCUCACGUGCCGCCGCAACGCCAAGGCGGAGAGAGUGCUGUUCCACUACAACGGCCACGGCGUGCCCAAGCCCACGGGCAACGGGGAGAUCUGGGUCUUCAACAAGACAUACACGCAGUACAUCCCACUGUCUGUCUAUGAGCUCGACUCGUGGCUGGCGACCCCUUCCAUCUACGUCUUUGACUGUUCUGCCGCCGGCAUGAUCAUCAACGCCUUCGUUGAGCGUCCCGACUGGGCUCUAGCAGCGCCGUCUAGUCCCCUCGCCUCGCCUACAGCAGCCAGCAGGGAAGCAGCCGCAGCCAACGCCACAGCAGCGGCAGUGGCGGCGGGCAUGCGCGAUCGCAUACUGCUGGCAGCGUGUGGGCCAGAGGAGAUUCUCCCUCAGCCGUCCGAUCUGCCAGCAGACCUCUUCACUGCGUGUCUCACCACCCCCAUCAAGAUCGCUCUGCGGUGGUUCUGCUCGCGCUCUCUCCUGCGCGAUUCGCUGGACCCCGAGAUGGUGGAGCGCAUUCCCGGGCGGCAGAGUGAGCGCAAGACGGCGCUGGGCGAGCUCAACUGGAUCUUCACGGCCGUCACCGACACCAUCGCCUGGAACACCCUCCCCACGCACCUCUUCCAACGGCUCUUUCGGCAAGACCUGCUGGUGGCCUCGCUGUUCCGGAACUUUCUGCUCGCGGAGAGGGUGAUGAGAGCGAGUGGGUGCACGCCUGUUUCGUAUCCACAACUCCCACCCACGCACCAGCACCACCUCUGGCACGCAUGGGACAUGGCAGCGGAGAUGUGUCUCGCACAGCUGCCCACGCUCCUUGCAGACCCCAACGCCGAGUUCCAGCCCAGCAGCUUUUUCUCGCAGCAGCUGAUGGCGUUUGAGGUGUGGCUGGAGCAUGGCAGCGACAAGAAGAGACCGCCGGAGCAACUCCCUAUUGUGCUGCAGGUCGGUCACUCCUUAGCUCUCCCUCUUGUGCUCUGUGCUUCUCAGUCACUCGCACAGGCUGCGAGCUCUCGUGCUUCUAGGGCGAUUCCUCGACAUGGGGCCAUGGGCUGUCGACCUGGUGAGUCACACUGCUUCCUUCCCCCCCUUCCUGGACCCGCCUCCCCCCCUGUCCCCCUCUCUUCUUCCCCAAACCCCCCGUCCCCCCCGCCCUCCCCCUCUCCUGUCCUCAUCUCACUCCUCAUGCACGCGCUGUCAGUGGGAAUAUUCCCGUAUGUGCUCAAACUGCUGCAGACAAGCGCAGUGGAGCUGAGACAGAUCCUCGUGUUCAUCUGGACCAAGAUUCUGGCGCUUGAUAAGGUGGAUCUGUCGUGCCAAGUGGAUCUGUCAUGGCAGGUGGAUCUGGUGGAUCUGGUGAGGGACGGCGGGCACAUGUAUUUCAUCAAGUGCCUCGAGACCCACGAGCCAUACUCCUCCGACCCCAGGGAGCGGGCCACAGUGGCAUUUCAGCGAGCCAUGGCCGCGUUUGUGCUUGCGCUCAUCUGUGACGGCCACCCCAAGGGCCACCAGGCGUGCUUGCAGGUGGGCUGCUAUUCCCAAGGCGGGACUCAUCCCCUUGUGCCUGAUGCACAUUCAAGCUGUGCCCCCAGCGGAGCCGCUGUUGCUGCAAUGGCUGUGCCUGUGCAUUGCUGGCUCAACAGCUCUCCUCUGCUUUUCUACCCUGUGCCCACGCCGCCCCCAUUUCCAAGCCCCUCUCUCCAGGCGAGGCUCAUCCCUCUCUCUCUGCCUGAUGCACAUUCAAGCUGCGCCUCCAGCGGAGCCGCUGCUGCUGCAGUGGCUGUGUCUGCGGGACUCAUCCCUCUCUGUCUGAUGCACAUCCAAGCUGCGCCUCCAGCGGAGCCGCUGCUGCUGCAGUGGCUGUGCCUGUGCGUGGGCAAGCUGUGGGGGGGCGCGCCAGAGGCACAGGCAGCAGCACUGGCCCAGCACCGCGCCCCCCAGAUCCUCUCACCCCUGCUCUCAGAGCCCCAGCCCGAGAGGCCCAGGCAGCAGCGCUGGCUCAGCACCGUGCCCCUCAGAUCCUCUCACCAUUGCUCUCUGAGCCCCAGCCCGAGGAAAGAGCUCGCUAUAGCACUAGCUAGAAUAGCCCACGGACAUCGCCGCCCGUUUCGGCUGGCUGCGGCGUCUUAUCUGUGCCGCCCGUCGCUCGUGGCCGGCAGCGCGGCCGGCAUGGGCAUGGGGUUUGGCAGGCUCGGCACGGAUGGUCGGCUGUAUCCCCGGCCAGGUCCGGCAGUGAACGCACCUCUCCCGGUCCUCCAGUCCACUGCAGGCUCGGCGGUGGUGGGGCGGAUGCUCGCGCAAUCUUUUGACGCAGCAGGCUCGGGAGUAGGCUCGGGAGGUACGGCAGCAGGUUCGGGGAACACUGCAGCCUCAGGAGGAUCAGCUUCGUAUUUGAGAGUGUAUGAGGAGGAAGGGGAGAGGGAUGGGGCCGGGGGGGCAGCAGCAGGAGGGGCGGGAGGGGCCAAAGGAGAGGGGGGUGUGGGGAGUAAGGGCACAGGGGCGGGAGCAACUGGGGCAGGCGCUACUGUAGGAGGUACAGGAGGAGGGGGAGUAGGAGGAGGAGCAGUAGAUAGUGGUGUCACGAUAACGAUACCUCCUUUGGUGAAUGGGAUUGUUCCUAUAGCAGAAGCUGCUUCUGAGAGCGAAGCGUCAUCAGGGGAGGAUACAAGUAGAGGCAAUGUGGGCCAGCAGCAGCAAUCAGGUGAAAAUCCAGCUUCGGCACCGGACCUCUCCUUCCUCCGGGGCGCUGCCGAAGCUGCCAGCGGCUCGCCGGGGAGAGUGCUAGGGAUGCCUCCAGGGGAUGUGACUAUUGGCUCCUCUGUAGCUGCAGCAGCGUCGAGUCUCAACGCCGCAGCGGCAGCAGCAGCAGCGGCAGCGGGAGCAGGAGGAGGGGUGGGGGGAGGGGGCGCGGGAGGUGGAGGGACGGGCGGGGCUGGGAUGGGGUAUGACGCGUUUAUGAUGCCGAUGAUGGUUCCAGGGAUGGGUGGUGUCGGGGGGGGCAUGGCAGCAGGGGGGCUUGCACCGUCUGCUAGCUUCAGCAACUUGACCCGGAGCAGUAGCAGGGAUGCUGGGACGGUGAUAAUCAGUGGCGCUGGUGCGGCUGGGGGUGGUGGAGCAAUAGGAACUCCAAAUCUCUCUCUGGCUGCUGCUGCCGCAGUGGGCGCAGCGGGGCCUGUGGGCCUGCCAGGGCUGGGGGGAGUGGGCGGGGGGAUGGGGCAUCAUGGGCUGAUGAGUCCUGCCAUGAGUCCACGUGUCCCCUCCCCAUUGGCUGCUGGUUUGGCUCCUGCGAUUACUCGCUGGCGACAGCUGGCAGCACCACAGCUUGCCAUGUCACCCUCUGCUGCCGCAGCCUCGGGAUUCCUCCAGGCCCGUGACCCGUUCGGCCUGGUGGCUCGGGACAGCCUCGGGCUGCCGCCGACGCUGGCAGCAGGUUCGGGAAUGCAGGCUCGGGACAGCGGGAUGCGGAGGGUAAUGACCGCCGUGGAUUUCUCAUCGUCUCAGCAGCAGCAGCAACAGCAGCAGCAGCAGAGGCAGAUGGGGGUGAUGGGGAAUGGGGAGAUCCUUGCAGGGGUGCAUGUGCUGUCAUCUGUCACAGGAGGAGGGUAUCCGCCCUUGAGACCAAAUGUGAGUGCGCAUUUUCUAAGCGCCUCUAAACUCGUCUUUGAGGCGCCUCAAAAGGGAUGGGGAGUGGGGAGAUCCUUGCAGGAGUGCAUGUGUUGUCAUCUGUCAUGGGAGGAGGAGGGUACAUCCGCCCUUGAGACCAAAUGUGGGCAUGGGACGUUUGUACUUGCUAAGCAGUUUCUAUCUAACUCGUGUUUGCUGGCGGGGGGAUGGGGAGUGGGGAGAUUCUUGGAGGGGUGCAUGUGUUGUCAUCUCUAA